GAUGUUGUUUGGCGCGUCACUUCCGCCCAUUGACAGCAAGAUGGCGGUGUCCCUGACGAGGACGCUUGCCGCGUUCCAGAGAGCAACAUGGAGCAGUUUAAAGGCUGUGGAAACCUCAGUGGGUGUGCGGCGGCACCCUCUGCCCCUUGUCGUGUUCGUGAGGACCAAGAAGCGCUACUUCAUCCCCCCAGCGGUGGGCCUGAAAGGCAGGAAAGUAAAACCGGAGACCAAGGCCCGGGCGGCCGGCAUCGUGUUCCGACAGCAGUUCGUGGAGAGGCCCAUCAACAUCUCCUGCUCAGCGGGAACCUUUGACCCCUACAUCCCUCCAGAGGGCGACGCUCGUCUGUCGUCUCUGUCCAGAGAAGGCUUGAAGCAGCGCACCGAGCAGAUACGACAGAGCGCCGGCUCUCAGCUGGCGAUACGCAAGGUCAAAGAGUUUGACCCUCAAUUUUCCUCAAAGGGGUUUGCCGAGCGAGCCCAGGAAAUCUUCAUCGAAGCUCACUGCGCACUGUGCACGAACAACAAAGAGAAACUUCACUCGCUGGUGACGGAGCGAUGUUACCCCGAGAUGACCCGGGGCAACCGCUACAAGACCAUCCGCUGGCGCUUUGUGGAGUCCCUGGAGGCCCCCAAGGUGGUCCACGUCCGCUGCCCAGACAUGGUGACCAAGGGCAACCUGUACGGCCAGGUGACCGUGCGCAUGCACUCCCGACAGACUCUGGCCAUCUACGACCGCUUUGGAAGGUUGAUGUUGGGCGACGAGGAGCAGCCCAAGGACGUCUUGGAGUAUUUGGUCCUCGAGCGACACCUAGUCAACCCCUACGGCCUAUGGCGGCUCCAUGGAAAGAUUGUGCCGUCCUGGGCCCCCGCCAAGGACCCCAUCAUCAAGACCGUAGCGCUCCCGGGCCCAAACCUAAAACCUGGAGAAGAAUUUGAUGCCCUUGCCUAUCAAGUUCCCAAAGUGGAGGCAGUGCAGUGGUCCAAAUGAGCCACCAGAGGGCGCUGCUUCAACUGACAGUAGGACAUGUUCAAGUGUCUGGUUUUAAAAAAUGAGCAAUGUUUUCGUCAAUCUGCAACAAUUCAUCUCUGGACAGAAAAUGAUAAUAAACAAUUGGUCACAAA